UUUAUUAAGGUCGAAAUUUGGUCGUCUCGUCAUGAACGUGGCUCUAGCAGUGUGAUGUAUUUCUACGCAAAAUAAUAUAUAAAUUGUAAAAAAAAUGGCUGAUGUAAUUGUCCCCAAGGGUCAACCUAUUGCAGGUGAUCCUGAAAAAAAGGGGUGGUUGUUUAAGUGGACGAAUUAUCUCAAAGGAUAUCAACGAAGAUGGUUCGUGUUGUCAAACGGGCUAUUAUCAUACUACAGAAAUCAAGCUGAGAUGGCACAUACAUGUCGUGGAACAAUAUCGCUACUUGGUGCAUUGAUUCACACGGCAGAUUCCUGUACGUUUGUGAUUAGCAAUGGCGGUACACAGACAUUCCACAUUCGAGCCCAUGAUGAAGUGGAACGGCAGAGUUGGGUCACGGCUCUAGAACUAGCUAAGGCAAAAGCUAUACGCGCACAAGAAUCAGACGACGAUGACGACCAAAUGAAUUCCGGUCCCGUCACCGUGGCUGGUGACGGCGAAGGCGAGGACGCAGGUGGAAUAGCCCGCGAGCUCUCAGCCAGGUUCCACGAUCUACGCACAUGUUCAGAGCUGGUCACCAGGCACGGGGCUGCUCUGCAACGAUCCCUCGUCGAUUUGGAGAUACCUCCAUCGGAUAUUACUAAACAAGUGUCAGAGAGGGCUACACUGUUUAGAAUAUCGUGUAAUGCUAUGAUGAACGCGUGUUCGGAAUUCAUGAGCGCGGCCGCUGCAUCCAGCGCGCGAAUGAAUCGCGCGCUGCAGCAUGAGCGGGAACAGAAGAUGCGGCUGCAAGAGAUUGUGGAGCAGCUUGCGAGACAACAUGACAGUCUGGAGAAGACGGUGGCCAGGAGCACACCACAUACUGGUGGAAACGGUUCUGGACAAGGGAAUGACACAGAAGAUGACGAACAUGAAUUCUUUGAUGCGGUUGAAGAGGGAGCCUCAUCGGCUAUGGAAGACAAAACUUCCUUUGUAAUUAAAGUGCCUGUAAAUAGAAAAAACAAAGUAAAAAGCGGCGAAAGCUCUGACGAAUCAGAGGUAGAGACUGUAACAGAAACACAACAAGUGUAUUUCGUGGAAGACAAGGAAAGGGCGGAGAGUGCGAUGGGAGGCGCGGAGAUAGCUGACGCGGCGGCCGCCAGCGCCAAGCCGUCUGAUGAUAAGCAGCUGGAUAUUAAGAUUUGGCCACAUGUAUCUCAAGCAACGGACAGCGUGGUGGAAGGGCAUCCGCGGCGCACACGCGUGCCCGACAAGCCCAACUACCCGCUGAGUCUAUGGUCCAUCAUGAAGAACUGUAUAGGCAAGGAGUUAUCCAAGAUCCCGAUACCCGUGAACUUCAGCGAGCCCCUCUCCAUGCUGCAGCGGUUAACAGAGGACUACGAGUAUUCGUCGAUACUGGACCAAGCUGCCACCUUCUCUGACCCAGCACAUCAAUUGGCCUAUGUAGCGGCUUUCACGGUGUCUUCAUAUGCUACUACGGCUAACAGAACGACAAAACCAUUUAACCCUUUAUUGGGUGAGACAUAUGAAUGCGAUCGUAUGUCGGACCUCGGUUGGCGAGUCAUAAGCGAACAGGUGUCGCACCACCCGCCCAUGGUGGCGCAGUUCUGCGAGGGCGCGUCCGGCUGGCAGUGCUGGCAGGAGUUCACUAUGACGAGCAAGUUCCGCGGCAAGUACCUGCAGGUGAUACCGCUCGGCGGCGCGUACGCGUACUUCGUCGGUAGCGGCAACAAGUACUCGUGGCGGAAGGUAACGACAACAGUGCACAACAUAAUAGUGGGCAAGCUGUGGGUGGACAACCACGGGGACAUGGAGAUAGUGGGCGAGGCGGGCCCGGCCACCGGGUACGUGGCGCACCUCAAGUACCUGCCCUACGGGUAUUUCAGCAGGGACACGCAGCGGAAGGUCACCGGGGUCAUCAAGGACCCCAACGGCGUGCCGCGCUACGUGCUGCAAGGGCACUGGGACGCGCGCGUGGAGGUGGCGGCGGUGACGAGCGCGUCGCCCGACAACACCGUGUGCAAGACCGGCAAGUUCGUGCUCGCCUGGCAGCGCGUGCCCGCGCCGCCCGACGCUGACAAAUGGUACAACUUCACGCUGCUGGCGGCGCAGCUGAACGAGCCGGAGUCGGGCGUGGCGCCGACCGACUCGCGGCUGCGCCCCGACCAGCGCCUCAUGGAGGAGGGGCUCUGGGACGAGGCCAACGCGGAGAAGCUGCGCCUCGAGGAGAAGCAGCGUGCGGCGCGGCGGGAGCUGGAGUCGGCGGCGGAGGCGGCGGCGGCUGCGGGCUCGGCCGGGCCGGCGCCGCGCGCGCCGCUGUGGUUCGCGCGGCAGGCGGCGCCGGGCCAGCCGCACCUGCGCCAUCUGUACAACAACCAGUACUGGGAGUGCAAGCAGCGCCGGGACUGGGCCCGCUGCCCCGACAUCUUCUAGUGAUAGUGCGUCUAGUGGUAGUGUGGUGUGGUGCUCCUUCGGACGGAAUGCGCGUGUUUUGGAUGUAUCGUGUACGUGCGCGAGUUACAUCUUGCUUGUGAUCUAUCUAUCAUUCGGUAUGUGGACAGACGGAAUAAUUGCGCACGACGGUGGGUGGGCGAUGGAAUGGUGUGCUGGAUUUGGUUGAUGGGAUCCUUCGAGAUGGAUACGCGCGUUCUCACAUUUACACCAGGAGGUUAACAUCUGAUUAGUAAACUUUAAUUUGAUAAGCGGACGCUGGAAUGGAAUACGCGUGCUGACACAUCUUUUACCCACGCACGAUGCUAAACAGUGUUAUAUCAUGAAUAGCGAACGAUGAGUUAAUGUACGGAAGAAUGGAUUACGCGUGAAGUUACGCAUUACGCAUGUUCUCACAUCUUCAGCCGUGACAUGAGCGUCUAACUAGUGCGGUUUUAUUAAUUGAUGCUGGAUAUGGUCCUUCAAGACAGAAAACGCAUGGUAUUUUGGACAGUUGACGGGUAUAGCGACUCCUAUUGUGUGUACUGUAUAGAUUUACGCGAACGCAACUGUCCUUCGAGGAGUGGGUACUAUACAGUACUUGUGUGUAGGUGGCUUAAUGUUUCAAUAUAUUCUGAAGGUCAUGCGCUGCAAUUAUGCUCUUUCGAGUCGACUUACGUUCCAACUAAGUUAUCAGAUUUAAAAAUGGAAAUCUCAAUAAAUCCAAAACACGUCAGCCUGUCCUGACAAAUACUAUGGGAAUACUAUAAACAAAAAAGUGUAAAUGUAAAACAAAAUAUUUUGACAUAAAUUUAGUUUUUUUACUAAUUUGAAAUCAAAUCUUUUGCAGCUUAAGCCAAUACAAAGUUGGUACUAUUAUACUAAAAAUAAAAACAAUGUAAUGGCAAUUUGCCAUCAUUACAAUAAAAAAAAUAAUUUAAUUUAUACAGCCAUGUUAUUGUAUAAUAAUUGGAAUAGGAAAAGGCAACAAUGCUUGCAUUUAAUUCAACAUACGUCAAAUGACAUAAAAUUAAUACAAAUAUUGCUGAAAAUAUGGAAUACAAGUAAUGUAAGGUCAUAAAAGCAGUAUUAAGGAAGUAAUUGUUAACAUUUUACAACUCAACAUUUGCAUCAAAACUGGUUCAUUAAAAAAUGGUUGUGCUUUUGCUUAUUUCUAAAAUCGAUCAUAAUUCAAUGAAAACUAAUACAAAUAAUCAUACUUUGCUUAUUAACUCGUCUAUAUAAGCUUAUUUCAAUGUCACUUUUGAAUCGUAAAAUUAUGCGAUCCAUUUUCUUAAUUGCUUGUAAAUACAAUAUUUCACAGCUAAACAACACAAUUUUUAUUAAUUGUCUGUUUGCAAAUGUAAUGUGCUGUCUAAAGAUCUAGUACAAUUCGAGAUAUACCGAUACGACAAUUGUUAUCUCUAGGUUAUUUUUAUACAGUUAUCCAUAAUUUUGUCUAUUUUUCAAAACUACCUGCGCUGUAACUUUGCGUCUAAACUCAUAGGGAAAAAUUGUCGAGUGGCGUACUACGACAGCUUACAGAUAAUUUAAAUGUUAAUUAUUAUUUUUUACUCAAGUGUAACAAAAACGAUUGGAUUGUGUUUAAAAAUUAUAUGCAUUUUGUCUUAUUUAUUGUUGUGCAUGUAUAAUUAUUAUAACAAUGAUUUUAUUUUAUAAGUAUGAGAUGUUUAUUAACUCUGUGGGUACACCAUUGAAACUGGUACUCAUUCCAUUAUUUGUCGUAUUUUUGUUUAGUUUGCUUUAAGUUUAUAAUGUAAUAAAAGUAAAAUAUUUUAUUUCUUAAAAUAUUAUUGUUUUUCGGAAAAAAUUUAUUUUGUAAAAAAAUAUGUUAAAAUUUUUGGGCUCUUAGCAAAAUUGUUGAAAUUGAUGUGAAAAACAAUGUUUAUGUGUACUAUUAGUUUAAAAUAUAUAAAAAAUGUCGGGUGUGUCAUGGCUUUAUGGCCUAAUUCAAUAGAUUUAUAUUUUGUAUUGACUCCUAUAAAAAUAAAUAUAAAAUAAAGUUAUUUUUUAACAGUUAAUACAACGAAAUCAAAUCUUGUAUGAAGUACACGUCAAUCGGUUCAACAUCAAACACCACUAUGUAUAUAUUAAACUCGCUUUGGUAAUUAGGACUUAGUAAAUUAUCUAUUUGUUUUUAAAUCACAGAAUUUCUCAUUAUAGUGUAAAUUUAAUUACUAGUAACAUAUACGGAAAAUUAAUAGGUGCUAUGAGGGGUGUAUACAGUCAUUUAGUCGUGUUUCUAUUUGUAUGUUGUCUAAAAUUAUUUUUGUUCAAGUUUCAGUUAGUUGCAGUUGACUAAAAUCAAAUAGAGAUACGAUAUAAAUAAUGUCAUCCUUGUAGAACUUUGAAUCUGCUUCCAGGUUUGAACACAAAUUUCACGAGAACUGUUAACUGUUCAACAAAGGUUUUAUUUCUUAUCUUAUUUAAUAAAAUAAUUUCCUUUCAUAUUUGUAUAUUGUAAAUAAUCGCAAAUUUAUUCCAAAACUAAGCAUUGCUCUUGCGUCCAAAUAAACAAUAAGGUGUAUAACAGUUCCGUAUUGUUGCAAGGGCGAAUAUUCAACAUACAAAGUCGUUCCUGACAGAAUACGCAUGCCUUAUAGUGGGAGUGACGCCGCGUGACGACGUCAGGUCUCUAUCAAACGUCUCGUGUGUCUGUGCCCGGAUCUUUGACACCGACUUGGACGAAGUGUAGGAUAUUUUGUAAGAUCUAUUACAAAUUGUACAUUUUUACGUGGAUGUAAGAUAUUUGUUAAUAUUUUUAUUAAUAGAAUGAUGUUUCAAUACAAAGCCAUAACAUCUGUAUCAUGUUGAGUAUAAAAAUAAACUAUAUCGAAAAUA